UUCGAAACAUGUGAAUUUCAUAUUUUUGUAAUUUUUUUUUAAACAAAAUUUGUAAUUUUUAAAAAAAUGAAUUAUAAAAAAGCGCUAAAAUCCAAUACACUGCUAAAAUAUGGCCUGCCAUUUCUGAGUUUUAUGGUAUUGGGAUCAUUUUUACUUCGUGAAUUUACAUCAAUUCGUUAUGAAGUAUAUAAUUAUCGUAGACGUUAUAUGGGAAACAAGCGUCGAGACCAUGAUUAUGCUUUGGAAGAAUCGGAAAAAUCCGAUGAUGAAGAAAUGAAAGAAUCAUCAACCGCUGCCACCAUUGAAGAUGAUAAUAGUGAUGAUUUGAAAAAAUUAAUAGAAUUAGGCCGGAAUGAAGAAUGGAAAAAUAUACGUGGACCAAGACCAUGGGAAGAUAAUCGUGAAUACAAAGAAUUGGUUGAAAAAAUUGUUAAUAAAAAAUAAAAAAAUUCCUAGUCCCUUUUGUAAAAAAUAAAAUUUGUAAAAAACUUU